CUCGAUUAAAUUAGUCAAGAUACGCGACUUACACACAUCUAUCAUCCUACAUUAUACGCAUUAUCACGUAAUACUAUACCAACAUAGUUAUUCAAUACACCGAUAUCAUGGCCUCCGCCGAAACAGUUGAACUAGGACCACCCCAUGCCCCCAGAGAGGAAUCCUUCAAAGUCUUCAGCGAGAUCGAAUCCGAGCUCAAGAAGACGCUUCUUCACAUGAAGCACACAUACCGAAAGCACGAACCUGAAUACUUCGCCCCAGUCCAAGCCCUCAGCGACUCCGACCUAACGGCCUUCUCAUCCUCGGACCUAGAACAAGUCCGCGUGGGCAUAUCCCCAUACGGCCUACACCUGUUCGGCAAGCAGCGGCUCCCCGCCAUGCCCGACUCGGGGCCCGCGUACAUCCACUUCCGCGCCUUCGUCGGCGGCGACGGACACAACGAACCCGGCGUCGCCACCCUGCACAGCAUCCACACCGAGGACGUCGAAGAGCCCGACGGCGGCCACAGGUACCGCGCUAUCUUUACUAAAGAAGAUCCGCUGGAGUGGUUUGAUACUUGAAGGGGUUAUGGUGGGUUGAUGGGGUGGAAGGGGUUAUCGUAACGAAAUGAGCAAAUGAAGAUCACGAAUAAUAUAUUAUCGCUUGUGAAAUUUACUUUGAUUUGAA